GCAAUGUCAACCCAAGACUCCAGCUUCCCGCCCAUCGCAUUCUCUUCCACAUUUCCGCAACAAAAUUUCAGACUCUUGGAAUUACCACCGGAGCUGCUUGCAUUGAUUGAGGCGAGGAAGGACACGCAUCCGGUUAGCGUUUGUAUGCCGUGUUCGUACGCUGAUCAUUCUCAUGGUCAUUGUAGGCUACAAUUCAAAUCAGGACUACCAGCAGCUACAACUUCCAAACAGCACACUGGAAGCCACUUACCAUCAAGAACACAUGCUCCUGUAACGGACGCUUCUGCACAACAGGGCUUUCUUCACCUUUGCAGUGAUGAAAAUGUAUGGGCAGUGAAACAGGUCAGUACGAGUAACACGGUCUUCGUCACCAAAUUCUGCGACACAUAUACACCUGAGAAUGAUCCUGAUGGCGAUAUCGACAUGCGUGAGUCAGAGGACAACACCUUGCCAGACAGCGAGACCGACGCACUCAGGAACAUGACAGGAAACAGAGGAAUCACCACGAUUGCUCAAGUGAAGAACGUCCUCGAACUGAUUCCUGUGAACCCCUCCGAGAAAGCUGUCGAAGACCAAAUUCUUUCCAUGGUCCGCACAAUAGCUCAUGCCGACGAUGGAGGAGAUGAUUCAAUGGAGGACAUACUCUCGAAAAGGCGCGACGACACAACUUAUAGCUUUCAAGAACUACUGGAUAACAUUCCUGCUCCAACGACGCUCUGCUGCCGAGUGGCCAAGAACCUCUUCCUGAUUCACGAUCCAACGGUUCGAGGUCCAGCUCAGACAUCCUUGGUGAGGCCAUCACUUCUUCUUUCUGCAUGGAAAGAGUUCACCCAGCAAUGCGACAUCCUAGACGCCAGAAUUGAAGGGCCGGAACCAGCAGCAGCGACACCUCAUCCACCAGGCCAUACGACAACCUUCGGGUCCGUCUUUCAGCACAUGAACGAUCAACACGAACGCGGCAACGACCCUGGCAUCACCGACUUCGCAAGUACACUCAUUUGCGCAAUCCUCCGCCGCUUC